AUGAGGAAACUGAGGCUCAAAAGAGGUUCGGCAGCUAUCAAUGGUGUAAUACCCCAGGAAAAUGGCAUUCUACAAAGUGACUAUGGAGGUGAGACUAUACCAGGACCUGCAUUUGAUCCAAGUCACCCAGGUUCAGCUCCUGCUCCCUCUUCCUCUUCAGCAUUUCGACCUGUAAUGCCAUCUAGGCAAAUUGUAGAACGGCAGCCUCGGAUGCUGGACUUCAGGGUUGAGUACAGAGACAGAAAUGUUGAUGUGGUACUUGAAGACAGCUGUACUGUUGGUAAGGUUUUUCCUAGCAUAAAGCCUUCAUAAAUAAACAAUUUUUAG